CUUUAGUGGUUUCUUUCGAAAUCGAGAUUUCCCUCCCACUCUGUUCCCAUCUUCUACCUUCUGUUUUUCUUUCAUUAUUAUUUUUUUUUUCUCUUUUCAAGAUUCAAUGGAAAACCCUCACCCUGAGUCAAGGUGUUUGAAGCGUAAGCCUGAAGGAGAUCUAAGCCAGGACCAGACAGAUUCAAAGGGGCCGUGCCUCUCCUCAAAGAUCCGGAAGAAGGUUCUACGUCAGGUUUCUCUCCUUAAUUCAACUGCCUCAGACUGUGUCACCGUUAAGAGAGUCAUUUACAACCUAUCUGUACUUGCGGAAAAAGAGGAUCUUGCAGAUACUUUGAUUGAUUGUGGUGUUGUCCAUGCUCUGGUGAAACAUCUUCAACUGUCAGAUGCAGGGAAUGAUGAUGAUAUUAACCGGGAUAAAUGUUAUGAUGACGAAGUUACCAUGCAUGAGCAGUUUGAGGUGGCCAAAGGAUGUUCGCUCAUCAUUGAGCUUCUGGCCAUCAAACAAGAGCAUCAGGACCUCAUUGUAGGUGUCGGAGUCUUGCCUUGUCUAGUAGAAUCUUUAAAGAGACACAAGAUCUGUACUAUUUCUGAACCACUAGUUUAUCUUUUAAAGAGAGCAGCUGAUGCAAUAACAAGCUUAGCUCAUGAAAAUGAUGACAUCAAGACCCGUGUCAGGAGGGAAGGUGGUAUACCUCUUUUGGUUGAGUUGCUUGAAUUCAAUGAUGUUAAAGUGCAGAGAGCAGCUGCACGGGCCUUGCGAACUCUUGCAUUUAAAAAUGAUGGCAAUAAAAAUCAGAUAGUUGAAUGCAAUGCAUUACCCACUCUUGUACUAAUGCUUGGAUCGGAGGAUCCUAAAUUACAUUCUGAGGCGAUUGGUGUAAUUGGAAAUCUGGUCCACUCUUCGCCAAAUAUCAAGAAAGAUGUUCUUUUAGCUGGUGCUUUACAACCUGUCAUUUGUUUACUCAGUUCCUGUUGUUCGGAGAGCAAAAGAGAAGCAGCCCUUUUACUUGGUCAGUUUGCCACGAUAGAUUCAGAUUGCAAGGUUCAUAUUGCCCAACGAGGGGCUAUUCCACCAUUGGUUGAUAUGCUGAAGUCUUCUGAUGCCGAGCUUCAGGAAAUGUCAUCUUUUGCACUUGGGAGGUUGGCACAGGACUCGCACAAUCAAGCUGGUAUUGUUCAAAGUGGAGGUAUAGAGCCUCUGCUUAAACUUCUUGACUCAAAGACGACGCUUGUCCAACAAAAUGUUGUUUUUGCUCUCUAUGGUCUUGCUGAUAACGAGGACAACGUUGUUUGUAUUAUUAAGGCUGAUGGCUUUCAAAGACUGAAAGCUGCAAAUUUCAAGAAUCAACAAACUGUAGAGUGUGCAAUGAAGGCGUUAAAAAGAUUAGAGGAAAAGACUCAAGGGCGAGUGUUGAAACACCUAAUACGUCUUAUGUGCUACCCUGAAGAAAAGGUUCAAAGACGUGUAGUUAUUGCUCUUGCGUAUUUAUGUUCUCCUCGUGAUAGUAAAACUAUAUUCAUUGACAAUAGAGGGUUAAAUUUGCUGCUGGACAUGCUUAAAUCAACAAACGUAAAGCAGAAGGGUGAUGCUUCAGCUGCGCUUCACAGAAUAGCUGCCAAAGCCCAUUCUUCUGUUGUCUCCCUUUUUGAACUUCCUCCUCGAUCACCAAGUCUACAGAUGUACUUGGGCGAGGAAUAUGUGAACAAUUCAAAACUUUCUGACGUUACAUUUCUAGUUGAAGGUAGAAGCUUUUAUGCUCAUAGAGCUUGUUUAGUUUCUUCAGACAUAUUUCGUGCUAUGUUUGAUGGCAGUUAUAGGGAGAGGGAAGCAAACAAUGUACUUAUUCCAAAUAUAAAGUGGGAUGUCUUUGAAUUGAUGAUGAGAUUUAUAUACACUGGAUCGGUAGAUGUCAGUGUGGAUAUGGCUAAGGAUCUCCUCAAAGCGGCAGAUCAGUAUCUUCUAGACGGUCUUAAGCGUAUUUGUGAAUGUGCUAUUGUUCAGGAAAUUUCAUUGGAAAAUGUUGUACAACUGUACAAGAUGGCUGAAGACUUCAAUGCUACUUCAUUAGGAAAUGCAUGCAUACUGUUUAUGUUGGAGAAAUUUGAUGUACUGAGUCGUGAACCAUGGUAUAGUACCGUGAUACAUCACGUUCUUCCAAACAUAAGCAUGUUCUUCUCAAAUUUACUUGCCAAAUCUCAUCCAGCUGACUUGUGAGGACUUCUAGAUUUGAACCAAUGUAACAAAACUGUAAUUGUUAGUUCGAUAUCGAAGGCUCAGUGAUGGUUAUUUCGAGGGAGGAGGUUAAUUGGGUAUAAUCGGAUCAUUCUUUUUUUAGUGUAUGCAGUGGGGGAAUAGUAAUUUUUGUUUGAGUAACAUAUUAAUUUAUUAUUUUUACAGUCAUGAACUCUUCACCUCAA